AACUACUGUAGGUGUACUGUGUGGCUAUGCAUUACAUUAUGGAUACGAAGAGCAACAUGUAUAAGAUGGUCAGCAGAAGCCUUGAACCUGAGCCAGCACACGUUUGUGGACCCCACUGCCUGGGCCCCUUGACCUUCCAUAGGGAGGCGGUGGGGGCUUUGGUGAGCCUGAGCCAGGGAGCUAGACGGGCAGACAGGACUGGGGACACCUUCAGACAUGGCCUGGUGUUCAGCAGCCGCCCGGUACAGCCCCAGGAGAGGGUGUGUCUGCGAGUGGAGCGGUGUGGGCUGAACUGGUAUGGAGCCAUGCGUAUAGGCUUCACCACUGUACCUCCAAUUGCCAGAGACAUGCCCUCCAUGGCCAUCCCAGACCUCACAGACACCCCUGGUCACUGGGCCGCUCCUGUGCCUGAGAUAUGCUGCCUGGCAGGCUCAGAGCUGAAGUUCUGGGUCUCCUAUGGUGGUACAUUGUAUUUCAGGAAUGCCAACGGCCGACAACACAAACUGCUGGAGGGAGUAGACCUCAGCUGGCCCCUGUGGGCCAUGAUUGAUGUGUAUGGGCAGACCUGCUCUGUGCUCUUACUGGGUUCGGAGAAGAAAUACUUUUUGGGUAAUCGAAAAUCCUGUCCUGCUCCUCAACGGCAUUCCUCCUGUUCUGCUCAUCAGAGACAUGCCUCGCUCAACAUAGACAAAUAUGUGAAUGUGAAGCAAAUUUGUGAUGACAGCCAUGACAGAUAUCCUCUUCCAUGUCCAGCCAAUAAGCAGACAUCAAACUGUGAGAGUGUAGAGGACUGCGCAGUGUGUAUGAGCCAGAAGGCCUGUAUCAGCCUGCGGUGUGGCCACCAGUGCCUGUGUCUCCAGUGUGCCACCAGAGUGAUCCAAGUGUUUGGAACCUGCCCUCUGUGUCGCCAGAACAUCAAGAACUAAACACCCCCAGGCACAGACCAUCACAUGACAAACUGACAUGAUGAUAUGAUCAAAUGCUGUUAAGGUACAAUAAGACUGAGAAGAGGAAGAAAUGAAAAUGCACAAUCUACUGAAAAGAUCAUUAAUGUGACCUGCCAGAUAUGCUGCUAUUGGCAUAAAUUGCACAAAAAGACUUGAAUGUGUAAAGCUAUAUUUUUUUGUACAUGUACUUUACUUGACUGUGGUCUAUUACUAUAAGAGUGACUUCCUGUGCUGAUAACUAUUCUGUUUGAUAUAUAACUGUUUUAGGACCAUAUAUCAAUCACUGCCUUUUACCCAUACUGUCUACUACUGUUAUUUAAGACAUGUUGUCUGUUGUAGAAAGAUAUAUGUGUUUUUAUAUGUGUAAUAAAGUCCAUGAACAUAACUGCUA